AUGCGCGUGAACGCUCUUCUGAUGGCCGCUGCUGCGGUAGCAGCACCGGUGUUUUCGUCGGCGUACCAGAACAUCCGCUUCGCCGCCGUACCGACCGGUGAUCUGCGUUUCGCCGCGCCGGAGCUGCCGCCUCAAGAGAACGAGACCAACACGGGAACGAACCUCGCCGACGCCGACGUCGACUGCUCUUCCACUGAAGACUGUCUGUACCUGGAUGUGUGGACCCCCGCCAACGCCACGAACCUCCCCGUAAUGGUGUGGACCUACGGCGGUGGCUUCUCCGCUGGUUCCAAGUCGCAAAACACCCCCGAGGGGCUCUUCGACUUGAGCCAAGGCUUCGUGUUCGUGGCCUACAACUACCGUCUGGGCAUCACUGGUCUUGGCAAUGGCCCAACGUACCAGCACGAAGGCGGCGCAGCCAACCUGGUGGUCUGGGACUCCACGCGCGCGUUCGAGUGGGCCAAGACGUACAUUGGCAACUUCGGUGGCAACCCGAACGACCUCACCGCUGUCGGGUUUUCGGCCGGUGGCUCGCAGGCCAUGUUCCAGAUGACGCGCUUUGGCGGCAACGCCCCGCAGCUCUUUGAGAAGGCGUACAUCAUGUCGCCGGGCUACAACGUGUCGUCGGCUGUGGGCUGCGAUGGCGGACACCUUGACUGCCUGCGCGAGGUGGACUUCAGCACGCUCCAGGAUGCUGCCAGUGACGUCGUGUCCGACUACACGUACCAGUACCAGCCCCGCGUGGACGGCUACAUCAUCCCAGACACGUACGAGGCCAGUCUGUACCAGGGCCACUUCAACUUCUCCGGUCCGUGCGUGAUCUCACACGAGCAGGACGAGGCCAACAGCCAGGCGUACUCGGGCGUGGACGACGCCGACGACAUCCCCACGAUGCUUCGCGUCUUCUUCCCGUCCAUUACCGACGACGUCAUUGACGAGCUGCUGGAGCUCUACCCGGAGGACGACUACACGAGCGCUGGGCUUCGCUUCGCUGACAUGAAGCAAUCCCUCGACUUGACGGCCAAGAACUUGGCGCUCACGAACGCUCUGAAGAAUGAGACCUGGAACGCCGAGGUGGCGCUUGGCACGGCCACGCAUGGAGCCGACCAGAGCUACUACUGGUACAACACGUACACGCUGUCCACGAGCUCCAGCACCUCGCGUCGUGCUCAGGCUACAGAAUCGGCUAACUCGUACUACGCUAGCGUUUCUGCUGGCAGCGAGGCUACGGGGAGUGCGGCGAUGGGUAGCUCUGUCGGCGGCAUGGGCAGCUCCACGGGCAUGGGCAUGGGCGGUGGUGCUGGUGGUGGUGCCGGCGGCGACUCGUCGGUGAACUCGACCGUCGCCAUUAUGAUGCAGAAGUACCUGCUGUCCUUCGUGAUCACGGGCAACCCGAACACGAUGUGGCCCAACGACAAGAUCUACUGGCCGCAGUACAACGAGUCGAGCGUGGGCACGGAGAUCGUCUUCAACGACACGUUCACGGUUGCCGACGACGACCUCGCCAAUGCGAAGAGCCUCUUCUGGAACAAGGCGCUGUGGUACCAAGCAGCUCGUAGCGUGAACGAGUGA